GAGAAGGUGUCUUUCUUCACAGUAAUAUAAUUCUAUCCUUUUCCAAAUCUGUAGCACCAGUCGAUCCUUCAAGAUGUCGACGACAAGCACAGCAGAGAGACUCGAUGCUGCCAUCGCCGAGUUCUUUUCCACUUGGGACGGUUACACGACACUCCUUGUCGUUGUUUUGGCUGGCCUUCUGAUAUAUCCUCUGCUGACGAGUCGAGAGCCAGACACCCAUCCGUUCCUUCUCGCACGACAAUCACAAAUAGCCCCGAUUCGACACUCUGGCGAGUCGGCUGUUUACAGAGCGAUCGACAUCCCGCAUGGCUACCCUCUCCGAGCUGGCCUGGGUGUCAAGGAUCCUGGAGCAGCUAGAUGGAGUUCAGGCCGGCCUGGAGAUCUUCGUGACAUCUGGAGAACCGCUGUCCGUGGUGCCGUCAAGGAAGAUGGCACUCCGACUGGCGAAAAGGGCAAGCUAUCGACCGUGCUGGGCCGUGACCAGGUCGUCCAACAUCAAUUCGACGAUUUGACCCUCGGGAUCAAUGUCAUCGGCCAAUACGUCAAGCGGAACAAUGGGCAGAACGUUGCCGUGUGCCUUUCAAACUCGACGGAGUUGUUGUCUGCCAUUUUCGCUGGAUCCUUCUACGGCUUCUCGACUAUUUUGUUGCCCUAUGGUCUCCCUCCAGACAAGCUCAAUUCCCUCCUGGCGAAGACCUCGGCAGACCAUGUGAUCGCAGAAGCCGGUACUCUCGAUCUUGACAGCUUACAUGCAGCAAACAAAGCCCUCACGAAUGUCAUCUGGGUCACGAAGACAGGGAGCGAGCACAUGGCAUGGUCCGACGAUGCCCCCAGUGGUUUUAUCGUGAAUUCGUGGCACGAUUUGGUCGAGAAGAAUAAGCGCACCGCCACUUCGGAAGUCCUCCCCUUGGAUAGAGACUCUCAAGUUCCGCCAGUGUCGAUUUUCUGUCCAGGUGCCCAUGGCACGUAUGAUCUGGUGAAGUAUACCUCGGAGAAUCUUAUCUCGGGAACUGCCGCACUUCAAGCUACACUCGUGCGAGCUUACAAGUUGACACCGUCCGAUACCGUUCUUCCAACCGUAAGCCUCACAGACAGCUACACUCUUUGCUGGGUCUUUGCGGCACUCUACUCCAACGCCUCGGUGGCCUUGAAUUCGGUGGCCGGCGAUUCUGUCGACCUGCUCAACGCCACGGCGAAGAGCCAGCCUACCGUGGUGAUCGCUGCUCCUGGCACCAUCCAGAAGUACCUGUCGAGUCCUGGCACGAACCUCCCCUCUGGUCUGUCCAAGUGGGUAUCUACGAGAAGCCUUCAAGCGGGAAACAUGCCCUCAGAUCCCAGCGGGCCCCUGCCCCUGUCAAAAUUGAGGGCCUUAUUCAUCCCACAAUCUGCUUCAUCACCCACCAAGACACGUCUGUCUUCGUCGACGCUGCACACCUUACGUACGCAUCUGCACACUCGAAUUGGAUAUGCGUUGACCGCGCCAUUCGUGGCCGGAGCCAUUGCGCAGACCAACAUUCUCGACUAUCGCGACAAGGGCAGGCAGGUCUGCGUCGGGGCCCCAAUGAGUUCGGUUGAGUUGAGUCUCGCCGGAGAGGAGGACGUGAUGGGUAGUCAUACUCCAAAGGGAACGCUUAAUGUUAAAGGACCUGCGGUCGUUGGGGGAAAGAUCAACCUUGAUAUUCAAGGCCAAAUAGACGAUGACCACACAUUGCUGCUACUUUGAGGUGUUGAUUUGUGGUUACACAGCUUGUUUUGACAUCUGGCACAAAGAAAAGAAAAUCAUACACCUAAGGUAUUCAGGUUGUGGAGACCGAUAAUGAGAUAGAUAAAAAUAUUGUACACGACCGUCGUCAUUCUGACCGGCCUCUCUAGUCGUA